AUGAGCUCAAGCGUCCUCCAGUUCCUUACGGAACGAAUGACGCUGCGGGAGCGAAACAGGAAUCCGCAACCGGGACGAAUGGCAUUUGCGGAAAAGUCCCCUUCCUUGACGUCCAACCUGAAGAAGGCGACGGCCCUAGCCAAGCGGUUUAAAGACUAUUCGGCAGAAGCAUCAGAGAAAGUAAUACUCGAUCAGCUUGACGUUGUUAGUUUUGCCAUGUUUACUUCGGAGGCCGCCCAGGGAGUUGUGCAGUCCCUCUGCCAAGGGACAAAAAUGAAAGCCAGUGACGCUCAUUCUUUUGUCGUUGUCUGCUCCGAGGUGCAUCAGCGUUAUGAGAGUUUUUGGCCGUUGGUGCAGAAGGGAGUGAAGGAGAAUGCUGAAAAGGUCGUUAGCAUGGAGGAGCUGAAAGCAGCCAUACAGCGUAUGGAAGUCGGUGCAGCCCCUGUGGGACCUAGUGGAGGCGAUGGAAAUGCAGGGGCAGGUUCACUAGGUUCCACUGCUAGUAGUAACGGCGUCGCUUCAGCUGCCCCUGGAAGCAGCAAUAACACGCUGUCCACAAUGAAAGCACCGAUGGAAGAGCUCAACCACCUGCGUCUGGUUGUCAAGGUGACCUGCGAGUGGUGGCUCGCCGGUCUGCUGGAUGAUGCAAAACCUGUUCUGGCUUUUCUCAGGUUGCUACACGGUGUCGUGGAAAAGCGUUUAUCGGCCCCUCUAUCCCCUUCUACUACCGCAGCUGUCCUAUCGCUGUCGGCUUUUAUCAUUCGUGAGGUCGGUAUAGAAAUACUUGGAGGAACAAACGCCGUGGUUUCCCGUCUGUUUGGUGCGGAGGGCACAGUGGAAGACACCUCUGUCCAACUGAGCGAUCUCGCCAACUAUCAUGGGCUCAUGGAGCUGACUACGGGUAUCAGUAAGCCUAAGAGGGAAGAUAUAUUUUUUGUGGGAUCCGCUGGAGUUCGUCGGGUAUUUAAUCCUACAACAAAGACAUCGGAUGUUGUUGAUGAGGCCUCCCUUCAGCAGGCAGUGGAGCUGAGUGCGGCCCGCUUGAGGUGUGUUCGUAUUAUGCCGGGUAUGUAUGACAGCACAGAUGCGGAGAAAGAGCAAUUUUUUGCGUUAGCAGUUGCAACUUCAAAAGUAGCCCUGAAAUCCUACCUAUGGCACAAAACGAAGUUGGAGGAGUGGUGGCAGCUGUUAGGGGAACAGAGAGACACACGGGGCAAUGUGGUUAAGACUUCUACCGAGGAUAUGCAGUUUCGUGCGUUAGCGGAACAGGUUGAGAGAUUGCACGUGACGUGUGACAACCUGCUUGGUAUGCUAGGAUACGCGACGCCGCCCCCGGUGAAGCUGACAGUUUUGGAGCCCCGGGUUGCUAAGGACAUUGUUGUUACGUCGGCAACGAAGAAGUUCUACGCCGUCUCCGCAGCAGAGACACUAAACCGCUUUGAGAGCGAUGAGCAGCGCAUCUUCUACGAGUAUGUCCCAGAUUUCUUGACCAUAUCGGAUGAGCUUUUAAAAUCGCUGUUAAGUGAGAAGCCAAGCUGGGAUUCUCUUGGGCGACAGGGGGUUCUUGCCCAGUCACCCUGUGCAGGGGUUACUGACGCAAGGGAGAAAAAAGCUCACAAGCGGAAAGAAGAAGGCGAAGGAAAGGAUACGGCCUCCAACUCUGACACACGGUGUGUGGGCGAAAGCAGGUCACCCUCAUACAUGAAGGUGUCCACGACGGUGGAGCGACGCCUCUGGCUUGCGUGGUUGGCUGUACCAGCAACCUUGUUCGAUGAGUAUGCGGUGGUGUUGCAGUUGCUAGAAGAACUUGAACAGUGCAGAAGCGCAGAUGCCAUUGACAAGUGGUGUGUCCAGUACAUGCAGGAGGCACUACGCCCACUAGAGCAUUCGUCUGGAAGCGUUGCACUUGGGAGUGUAUUCUUCACAAAUUGCCGUAUGUUGUUGGCGAUGGAGGCGUGGUACUCUCCGUGGGUUCAGCAGCCUGAUAUGGUGCCCUACCUCUCACGUUGCAUUGCGGAGUUCAGCCAGUACUUUCCGGACAUGAGUGAGUUUAUUGCCGGGAGGUUGGACGCCCAUUGGAAAUCUUUGUGCAAGGCUGACAGUGGAAUAUCGGAGGAGAAAUUGAGAGAUCAGGUAGAGGGCACCGUUCGCUACAUAUGUGACUUGACGAAAUUCGGUGCUAUAGCACAUUUGGCUGUAUUUAGUGUGCUGCGUGUGGGGAUGGAGGAUUUACAUGGUCGCAUCAGUCCCUACUUAAUUUCUUCUGUCAUGAAGUACUGUGGAUUCUUUCUGUCUCGGAACCAGACGACGCGGCAGCCUUUUAACAAGGCGUUGGGUAAGCUCGAGAGUGCGUUAUCGAAGACGACUUUAUACGAUGAGGGAUCAGACCUAAUAAGGGCAUCGCUUGACUUCCUUCACGUUCCAUCCGCCCCGAGGCGCCCCGUCGCACAAGUUGAGCGUUCUCCACUUGAGCUUUACGUGCGGCACCUACUCAAUGACGUCUUAUCACGGCAGAAGUACAAGUUUGUUUGUGAGAAGCUAGUAAAGGUGCCGUGGGAAGACCCUGCCAAACGAAACGGGCUUGUGGCCACGUUACGCGAUGUGCAGCAUCUUAAAUGGGACAAUAUUCCACUACUAGCUGAUUUGCUUGCCGACCUGGGCCGCGCUGGGCAUGAUUCAUUGGUUCUGCGCAUUGUGGAAACGGUUGCUGAGGAUCUGCGACGUGACUUGGAGGUCGUUCCAAGAGAUACAGAGGUGGAGGCAGUCGAAAUGACCGAAGAAAUCCGCUAUUAUGCAGAGGCGUCUCAAUUGCACGCAGAAUACCGUUCGAUGAGCUUGCGUCUUUUGGAUUGUGUAUUUAUUACCCACCUUUGUCGUGCUCGUGUUCUUUCCUUUCGCUUCGUGAGCUACAUUGUGGCUCAACUCCUCUGCUACACACCGCAUCCGAAUGGAUGCAGCCCCGAUUGUUCCCGCUUACGGUGUUGUGUCAGUCUACUUUCUGGGUCCCUAACCUUUUUGCCGUGGCAGCAGCGGGACAGCAGAUCACGCUCAGCAGAGCGCCUUGCGAGCCUCCACCAGUUGAUGCGUAAAAUGAUGGCGCUUCUAUUUGUGCACAGGUAUACUAUCAGGGCACUUCCUCUGGACCUGUCUCAACGCCUUGACGAAUUAGUUUCUCAGUUGGAUGAGUGUAUGCGCCAGGGAAGCGGGGUCGGGCAACCUAAGGGACGGGAUAAGCACCGCGGUGGUGAGGAGAAAGAGAGGUCCCAAGAUUCUGUGUCUGAGUCUACCGCUCCGCCUCCCGGUAUGCGACUGCCAAAGUCGCUGCAGGAAGCCGAGGCAUAUGCAAAGGUAGUCGAAGAGGAACAUGUACUGUCCGCCAACGUAUGGUACGACCGGAUGUGCGAGAAAAUGAGAAAAAGUUGCCGUGAAGACUUUCCCCAUUGCCGCAUUUCAUCUGUUCAAGUACGUGCGGCAUCGUGCUCUCAGGUUGAGAGUACGGUAGCCGAAAACGUUGAAGAGAACCUGAUGGGAUUGUCGACCCAAGAUGUGGAUCACGUCUACGAUGCGGUCAGCAGCCAUGGGAGUGACGCCGGUGAAAGCUACGCAAGAGGGGAAUAUGACGUAUCGACUCAAAGUGACGGUAGUAGUGAUGAGUCGCCUGAUUUCGACAGCGAUUACAGUCAUAGCAGUACCCUCAGUGGGUUCAGCCGCAGCGAUUCGGACAUGAUCUCUGAGGAAAACGAGGAUGAUGACAUGGAUGAUGAGGAUGACGAGGAAGAGGAAUACUCAGAUGACGAAGAGGAGGAGGAGGAAGAUGAAGAUGAAGAUGAAGAUGAAGAUGAAGAUGAAGAUGAAGAUGACGACAACAAGAAGAUAGCCGCCGCCGAGGCUCUCCGUCUGAGGAUAGAGGAAGCCAAUCUUGACGCCAAGUUACGGGCAUUGAUGUCCGAGACUCAGCGUGAUGGCAUUUUCCGUGCGGCUUCUGCAGCCACAAAGGGAGCUGCGGCGGAGCGGCUCAUAAAGCAGGAACUUACUGCCGGUAUUCGUCUACAUCGGCAACAGCAGCGAUCUCAGCAGCCACAUGAAGAGUCGGCAAAUCGGCAGGAAAUGAAGUUUGUAGUGCUGCGUCGACCAGUGCGCGGAGGAGGCUCUACAAAUACCAAACCUGGAGGCACUUCUGCAGGUGCGGACCCUCACGGUGCUUCGGCCAAUGAAGGCGUUGACAGAAACACUCUCACGUUACCGCGAGAUACAGAGUUUGCAAGGAGCGCACUUCACCUGCAAGAGCAGCACAGACGCCAGAGGGAUGAAUUGCGAGAGGUUACGCUGCGCAUCAACCGCAUGCAGGAAUCUGAGCGUCGCUAG